CGACAGCCUCGUCCGCUGACAACAACAACUCGAUCGGCGGCCACACUCGGCGACAGGAGGUUAUCCUCCCGCCGACUUUCUCGUCGCCGCCUCAACGACUGGAGACGUGCAGCUAGCCGUCGCUAGCUUUCCUUUUCUCGCAGGCUCUCGGACACUGGGAAUUAGACGCAAUGGCCACGCUCGAGCAGGAGCUGCUGGCCGACUUCGCGGAUGUUGGUUCCGACGAAGGCGAGGGCUUUGCGGACCGCGGCGGAGAUGACCUAGCCGAUCUUGAGAAGGACUUCGGCGGCGGAGCCUCAGCAGAGGAGGAGGAGGAGGAGGAGGAGGAGGAGGAGGAUGAUGAUGAAGAGAUGGUAGAUGAGGAGGCGGAAUACGCAGAGGAGCAGAAAAAGAAGAAACAGAAGGGACCAGCCGACAUCCGUGGCCCUGCGAGCUUGCUGGCGAAGCUGCAGCCCGUGCUGCAGAAGAUUGACGAGGUCAAGGAUCGCAUGGAGGAGGUUUUAGAUGGAGAGUCGAUCGAGGACAACCCGGAGUACCAGCUCCUCAAGGAAGCGAACGAGUUCUCGACGCAGAUCGAUGAUGAGAUUACGGCCGUGCACAAGUUCAUUCGCGAUCACUACUCGAUCCGUUUCCCGUACCUCGAGGAACUCAUUAAGAACCCCGUAGACUAUGCGAAGACCGUCGCCAUCAUCAAGAACGGACCCUUGGACGACAUCAAGGCAAUCUCCCAAAGCGCUGAUAAUCUGGUUGGAGUUCCGCUCAAGAACAUCCUGGACGCUCCCUCUCUCAUGGUUGUCACGGUCGAAGCCACGCGAGCUGCGGGUCGGGACCUCAAUGAUGCCGAGCUGGAGGUUAUUCUCAAUGCCUGCUCUAUGUUGUUGGACCUCGACAAAGCGAAAUGGACUCUUAUCGAAUACGUGCAGUCCCGCAUGAACGUCUUUGCACCAAAUCUUACCACGCUCGUCGGAUCGCUUACUGCAGCCCAAUUGAUCAACUAUGCUGGAGGUCUAGCUGGCUUGGCGAAAACACCAGCGUGCAACAUUCCGCCUCUAGGUUCCAAUAAAGCAAGUGGUCUUGGUUUCGCCACUAAUGUUGGGAUCAGACAUCAGGGAUUCCUGUACCAUAGUCCUAUGAUCCAGCCCAUUCGGCAGGAUCUCAAGAAGCAAGCGAUGCGCAUCGUGUCUGCAAAGCUCAUCCUAGCCGCCCGCGUCGACAUGGUCCAUUCCUCUCCUGAUGGAUCGACUGGCCAACAGUUCAAGGACGAGUGCGAGCGCCGUCUCGACAAGCUCACCGAACCACCACCAAACAAGGGUGUUCGUGCUCUACCGGCACCAGACGACAAGCCGUCGCGCAAACGCGGUGGCCGUCGCGCUCGAAAGGCUAAAGAGGCAACCGCAAUGACUGAGAUCCGGAAGGCGCAGAAUAGGAUGGCAUUCGGAAAGGAAGAGAAGGAGGUCGGUUAUGGCACUGGGGACUCGACGCGUGGUCUUGGUAUGAUCGGCGCUACAGACACAGGCCGCCUCCGCGCACACCAGAUCGACCCAAAAACACGCGCCAAAUUAUCAAGAAAGAACCCCGGCUGGGGUGGCGAUACUACGCUCGGCGCGAAUACUUCACUCAAGGGCUUUGGCGCCGGUGGCACAUCAACGAGUCUACGUGCUCAGGGUCUCAGGACUGGUGGUGUCGGCGCGCAGGCUGGAACGAGCUCCAUCGCAUUCACGCCCGUGCAGGGUCUUGAGUUGGUUGAUCCGAAGGCGCGUGAGGAGAUGAACAGGAAGAGGAAGGCGGAAGAUGAUCGGUGGUUCAAGGGCGGCACGUUUACGCAGCUUGGGUCUGCGACGGCGAAGGUGGACAGCGCGGGGUUCAAAGUGCCUUCGUUGCCGAAUAAGAAGCAGAAGCAAGGUUAGACGGGCAUUGUUUGCAAACGGGAAGAUACCCAUCGAGCUUCAGAGAGGGAUCGCAUCUAUGGCGCUUAGGUGAAAUUAUCUAGCAUUGGGCGGCGUUUCGUGGGGUUAGCACGAUAUCAUAGGCUCGGUCAAGCUAUACCUGGGAGCCGGAAAAGAAAGCUUCGAAUAAUCGAGGAAAAUCAUCUCAUUUUAGGCUUUGCGGAAGUGAUGUAUGUCAUUGAGCUUCUCAUCUUACAAGUCGCUCAACUCAGAUAUCUCUGACAGACGGAGCGAUAUAAUUAUC